GCGGAGUGUCCUGUGAGUUUAAUGUCUUUGUUUUGUAACUGACAUAUCUUCUUAUAAACAUUAAGAUAUGCGAUGACGGUAUAUCUGGAUGUUUUAUUUUAAUGAUCUAAUGGAGGUGAAAGAGGAAAGUGAAGAAGUGAAGUGUCAGAAACCUCAGAGUCUUUCAACUGGAGGAGAAUCACCAAAUCACUCAAGAAAAAUAACUCGAAGAACAAAAGCCAAAAAGUCUUUCGCACGCCGUCACUGUGACAAGAGUUUUAAAGAAAAAAAACGCCUUAAUAGUCAUAAAAGAAUUCACCCUGAAGAAACGCUUUUCACUUGCCCGCAAUGUGGAAAGACUUUCCCACAUAGAAGCAAACUCGAGGUCCACUUAAGAGUUCACACUGGAGAGAAACCGCACACCUGUCCUCAGUGUGGAAAGAGAUUCAAACAAAAAGGACACCUUCGCAAACACACAAGAAUUCACACUGGAGAGAAACCGUAUACAUGCACUCAGUGUGGAAAGAGUUUCACCGGCGCAUCGACUCUCACUCAUCAUCUGCGCAUACACUCCGGAGAAAGACCAUUUAACUGUGAUCAGUGUGGUAAAGAUUUUAUUUCGGCACCACAUCUAAAAUCACACCUGAAAGUUCAUUCAGAUGAGAGGCCUCAUGUGUGUUCUCUCUGUGGAAAGAGGUUUUCACGUGUGGACGGUUUUAAACUGCACCAGAAAACACACACCGGCGAGAAAGAUCACGUGUGUUUGGACUGUGGAAGGAGCUUCACUACAUCUUUCCAGCUGAAACUGCACCAAAGAAAUCAUACUGGAGAGAAACCUCAGUGCACUGAGUGUGGGAGGAGAUUCAGCCACCCAAGCAGUCUAACAGUUCAUAUUAAAAAGCAUUGUCGAAAGUUGAAAUAUUGAUGGAUGUGCGUGACAUCAGCUAGAUUGAAAAAGUUGUUUAUGACAUGUUACUUGAAUCGCACAUGAUUGGGUGAUGUCAGUCAUCAUAUAGCAUUCAACUGUGUUCAUUUUUGCUUUUUUUAAUCAUGGCAAAAUUUGUAGUGCAGAAUUCGGGUCAAUUGUACUGGGAAUUAAUGUCAGAUAACGUCCAUAAUAAUUAACUUAGGUUCGAUUUUUUUGAGCAUUUUCAGGGGUUAUGAGGAGCAAUAUGAGAGAGAAAUUUGGUGAUCGUUGUUUAGGGACAUUAAACUACUUUAUGUCAAAUUGUCAACAUGGUAGCCUACUUUUGAAGUAUAAUAGUGGGUCAUGUCUAAUGCUGUUUGGAAAAUUAAGGCUUUCUUCUUCUUAAAGUGAGUCGGACAUCAUCACAUUUUUGUAUACAUUUUUAUUUAUUUACAUUAGUAAGCUACAGGACAUCAUCUUUCAAAAUACGACCUGCGCAAAAGAGAAUAAAUUAAUGUCUCUGUCCCCAGCAUAUUUCAGAACAAACUGACGCCCAUGAAGUAGUGAUGAAUUUAUUCUUUUCGCCUCGCUGGAUGGAAACUGUUUUAUUCGCAAAUGUUUUUAUGUGAUAUAACGAUUUUGUUAGUUAAAUUCACAACUUUGGAUGGAAACAAGAGUUUUACUGCGUCUGGAACCCUGAAAGCUGAUUUGUGUUGUGUUCACUUUUUUUAAUGAUGAAAGAUUAAAAAAUAUGUUUUCUUGUAUUUUUUUUAUUAAAACAGGAAUAAUACAAAGUAAAAUAAUAUCGUGUUAAAUGUGUUGUGAGCCAAAACAAUGAUGAAAUAUGAGUAGUAACUAUGUAACAUGAAGUUUUAGAUUUUAACCUAGAGCGGUGACUAGCCUGUCUGAUUUUAUGACGAUGAUGUAUUAAUCGCUUUAUUAAUCGAUGAUGUAUUAAUUAAGUGCAGCGAUGUGACUUAUAAAAUGUGCGGCCCCUUUAAGAAGCCAUGACAACAAUACACGCACUAACUGAGCAUGCGCAGAAGAGAGAGAUCCGCGAACAGUUCGACAUGAACGUUAUUAACCACAUACAAAUAAAUAUUUUCUACCAAUGCCGCAUAUUUCAGUUUGCAUGAUAUUGAUAUUCCUAAUCUACAUAGUUCAACAUUAAUCCGCUAGUGUUUAAAGAUGG